AUGGAGAAACAAGAAGAAGAAGAUGUGAAGAGAAGACAAAGACAAAAAGCAGCAACCAGCCUCGGGUUCUUACAUUGGGAAGAGCUAAAAAAUCAUGGAGAUUUAUCCAAGGUAGCUUUGAACAUUGCCCUUACUACCCUCGUGGACGAUGCAUCAACGGGGUUCUGUAUUAUGAAUCUGGUGAAUUUGAUCGUGCUCAGGGAAAGUUCCCAAGGUUACCUCUUAACUUACGAGGGAAAGUUAGCUUCUCUUGCUUCUGCAACCUAUGUGAAAGCCUUUAUUUCACUAUGGGUUCUGGAGGAUGCAGAGAGACAUGCGUGGUCGUUUAGAACAUUUUCUUUAACUUUUCCACUCGAUGAUCCAAUUUUGGACACCUUUUUAGAACUAACGGGUGUGACUGAAGCCGGUGAGUUUGUUUACGCACCAACAACUUUGCAGAGUCCGUUUCAUGCUCUGUAUUUCGAUCCACAGAGAAACAGCUUUAGAAGAGUCAUAUAUGAAGGACUCGCGGACGACGAAUUUAGGCGACGUAAUAGACUUGGAUACGAACGUCACCAUAUUCUUCCCAAUCACAUAGAGAGUCUCAUUUCUUUGUAA